GUCACAAAAUGUGUGCGUCAAGGUCGAGCUUUCGAAGAUUCCCAGUUUGGAGUGUAGUGCUGCUGCUGUUGCACGUCACCGUUGCCCAACAGUACACCGGAGUAAAAUCUGUGUCUUCUUCGGCGGAAGUGAAUCAACAGCCAGCUCACUCGGCUCGCUCGGUUGAUGGUGGCAUUCCUGCGACGGAUAGCAAUAUAAUCAAUCUCGCUAUCCAACCGUUCGCACGUGGUCAAGGAUUUUCGGCAGCAAAGGGACGAAAUCUUGGCUUUGCAAACGACGCUUCCCUGAACGCCAUCCCUGCCGGCAUUAACAAUGAACUGUCGAACGUUGACGUACGUGGAUCGACACAGCCACAGCAGACCGCGGUGUUGCGUGACAGCUAUGGAAAUCCUGUGACACCGUUUACCGAUCUAGCCAAGCCGGAACUAGAUUCGGUCGGGUUUCUUACGAACGUUAAUCGGGGCGCAAACUUUCAGUCAUCCGGCCAGGGCAACAACGUUGGCCAGUACAACUUUAAAGUCCCUAGCUAUGCGUCUGGCAUUAUUGAGCCUAUCGGACAACCAAACUUCGGGCUACUGCCUCCAAACCCGGUCCCCAGUACCGUCCAGGUAGUACCACCAAGCAGCACUACAACGGCAAAACCUUCAAGUACGCAGCAACAGUUUCUACCGAACGCAAAAAUUCCAAACAUCGAGGAGGGCCAGAUUCUUUUCGCCCAGAAACCAGUCAACGGUCUGCUACCUCCCCUGUUCCCGGAUCAAUUGCCACCGGUGUACAACAUUCAAGUUGGUACGGAACGAUCGCCAAUCUUUGUUCGUGAUCCAUUCAGUGGACCGGUAAAGCCGACGACGUCCCAGCAACCUUCCGCGCAGGUGCCACAAUCUGCACCUGUACCUGACGGUAUUGUCGGAUACAAAACCGACGUCAAUCAACAGACAACCUUCCCGAAACCGAUCCCGCCAACGGACACAAGGUUUUCGGGGGCAGCUGCGCCCGCUGUACCAACUACUGCCAAACCUGUGGUACAGAAGUACAACGGAGGAUUCGGAGGGCCGUCCGGAUUUCUUGGCAAUCAGCAAAACAUUGGCACAGCUUACACCUCGACAGUGAGACCGAACCUCCUGCAAACGGUUCCUCCUGCAACACAACCUCAACCGCGUCCUCAAAACGUGUUUAUACCGCAAAACACAUUUCCCACCACGGCCAGACCAGAAGACAAAACGACUGUACAAAAGUAUGCGGGCAGCUUUGGCGGUGCGCCAGGCUUCUUGGGAAAUCAGGCAAACUUAGGAACAGCGUACACUAAAGCUCCACAACCAAUCCCAGCAAAUGUACCCACCGUAGCUCCCGUUCAACAACCUCCUCCUCCACCUCCUGUACAACAUUUUGGCCCUGCCCAUCUAGGUCCAGUUUCAACAGCUACACAAUCCGGUGUCCCGCCACGACCAGCAUUACCAACGGUACCAACGCUACCAAACCAAUUUAACGGCCCAUUCGUCGGAGGUCCCGUUAAUCAGGGGGCAGGCAUUAGACCGACGGCAACGCCUAUAUUCACGCCACCAGUGCAACCUGUGAGGCCAGUUUCGACUUCGAACAAUUUUAACGGUGGUAACAAGUUUACCGGAAGCUUCGGCGGUGCUCCAGGAAUAUUGGGCAAUCAGCAGAGGCCUGGUACGAAUGUCAAACCGGACGGUAGUAUUUUCUCCUCCGCACAGCCCCAGCAGCAUACUCAGCAGUAUCAACAGCAGCAGCAGCAGCAGCAGCAACAAACCUUACCUCAACAACAGUUUCAGCAACCGAAGCCAGUGACGGACAAGUUUACCGGUAGUUUUGGUGGCCCACCCGGUGUACUACGUCCGUUUGAUAACACUAAGGGUUAA